AUUUAAUCAUUCGUCAACUUCAGACUCCUCUGUAAACAUCUCGUCCACAUUCUCCAGCUCUCUCUCUCUCUCUCUCUCUCUCUCUCUCUACCCCUCUCUUCUAGUUCUCUCUCUGAUCAGUGUUACUCUUCCAAUUCAUCCGUCGCCAGAGGAGUUUCAUUGGGUUAAUUUGCAGCGUAUAACCCCAGCGUAUCAAGUAACUAGACUAUCUUGGCCACGUCAAAUGGGAGAAGAGAUUAAAGGGAGUCUCUUGGUAAAAGAGACUGGUGUUGGAGAAGAAGAGGCUAGAAUUAUUGAUGGCGAUGAAGAAUUGUCACUGAAAAGAAGAGUAUGGAUUGAAACCAAGAAGAUGUGGGUGGUGGCUGGCCCUGCUAUAUUCACCAGAGUUGCGAGUUUCGGAACAAAUGUUAUCAGUCAAGCGUUUAUCGGUCACAUUGGUUCUGCGCAGCUAGCGGCUUUUUCACUCGUGUUCACCGUACUUGUCAGGUUCGCAAAUGGCAUCUUGCUUGGCAUGGCAAGUGCGCUGGAAACUCUCUGUGGUCAAUCGUAUGGUGCAAAACAGUACAACAUGCUUGGGAUACAUCUUCAGAGGUCAUGGAUAGUACUGUUUGUAAGCACAUGCUUGCUUAUUCCUCUUUUCGUCUUUACAACCCCGAUUUUUGAGGCUUUAGGCCAAGCAGAAAACAUUUCAGAAAUUGCAGGACAUAUUUCUCUAUGGGUAAUCCCUGUGCUUUUUGCAUUUGUGGUCUCAUUUACUUGCCAAAUGUACUUACAAGCGCAAAGCAAAAAUAUGAUCAUUGCAUAUGUGUCAGCGAUUUCAAUUGGAAUCCACAUCUUUCUUUGCUGGCUUUUGAGUGUGAAAUUGAAGUUUGGGGUUCCCGGUGUAAUGGUGUCAACGCUUAUAGCAUAUUGGUUACCCAACCUGGGUCAGCUUUUGUUUGUUCUAUGUGGAGGAUGCCCCGAAACAUGGACAGGCUUCUCUAUGUUAGCUUUUACUGAUCUCUGGGAUGUCCUCAAGCUUUCUCUGUCAUCUGGCGUUAUGCUUUGUCUCGAGCUUUGGUACAACACAAUCUUGGUCCUUUUAACGGGAAACAUGGAAAAUGCUGAAGUUUCUAUCGAUGCCCUAUCUAUUUGCCUUAACAUCGUCGGGUGGGAAAUGAUGAUAUCUCUCGGUUUCCUCGCUGCAGCAAGUGUACGGGUGUCGAAUGAGCUUGGAAGGGGUAGCUCAAAGGCGGCAAAGUUCUCGAUUGUAGUUAUUGUGUCGAUCUCAGUAGGCAUUGGAUUGGUGCUUUUCGUGCUUUUCUUGUUCUUGAGGGAACAACUUGCAUACAUUUUCACCGACGAUGAGGCUGUAGCUAAAAUGGUGGCUGAGUUGUCUCCUUUGUUGGCCUUCUCCAUACUGUUGAACAGCGUUCAACCCGUGCUCUCUGGAGUUGCUCUGGGAGCUGGAUGGCAGAAAUAUGUAGCAUAUGUGAACCUAGCCUGCUAUUACAUCGUAGGGAUUCCUGUUGGAGUUGUGCUUGGUUAUCCUCUAAAAAUGCAAGUCGAAGGUGUUUGGAUUGGAAUGUUGUUUGGAACAUUGGUCCAAACUAUUGUGCUAAUCAUACUCACCUACAAGACUGAUUGGGAUAAACAGGUAGAAAUAGCUCGCAACCGUGUUAACAGGUGGGAUCGAACAAAUAACAGAGAAUCGAACAUCGACACGUGAAAUGUCUGAUUUUUAUCGUUCUUCAGUUGUUAUGUUCCUGCCACGAGAAAAGACGUGCAGAAGAGGUAUAGCCAACACGCGGAGGAUGUUUUGGAGAGUUCACAUUACUUUGCAUUGUCCUAUCAAUUUUCUUCAAUUCAACAACCGUCAUUUAUGAAAUUUGAAAUUUGAAAUGCGUAUCGUUUAUGAAA